CGGUGCCCUGGACUGGGGGCAUCUCCCGGGUCUGGGAGGGGUGCUGCUGAGUUACACAUGUACUGCUGUGGCGCUGACCCCGGGGCCUGUUGCAGGGAAAGUGACUACAGCCGGGGUAACAGCAGCCGGAGGGAGGGUACGGAGUGAUCGCUGGGGCUUGGCACGGAUCCCACUUUUUUCUGUUGUUUGUCCCUGCCUUUCCUCAGAGAAGGGCGGUCCCCCGGAACGCGGAGUGACGCCGUGUGUGGGAGUGCGGGUACACGUGCUGCGGCGAGGGGAACGCUGCGGUUCUCCUGUAGAACGUUACCCUGGGCGGGGAUGGAACGCUCGGCGGCGGCUGCUGCUACCGGUUGCCUGCUGUAUCCCUGCACAAACCAUGAAACGAGCACGAUUACCCAGUAGCAGUGAUGAGUCGGAUGACAAUGCCAGUCUGUCUACAUCAUGGUCUCAGCAUUCAAGGUCUAGACAUAGCAGAAGCUCCAGGCAUGAAGAUCAGAAGCCCUCUGAGGUGUUCCGAACAGACCUGAUCACUGCCAUGAAACUGCAUGACUCUCACCAGCUGAACCCAGAGGACUAUUAUGUAUUGGCCGAUUCAUGGCGACAGGAAUGGGAGAAGGGUGUACAAGUGCCUGUGAACCCAGAAUUCAUCCCUGACCCUGUUGCCAGGGCUACCGCUGAAAAUGACAAAGUUGUCACGUACACUAGACCUCGUAAAUACAUCCAUUCAUCAGGGGCUGACCCUCCAGAGCUGGGAUAUGUUGACAUCCGGACUUUGGCAGACGGUGUGUGCCGCUAUGACCUGAACGAGAUGGAUGUUGCUUGGCUGGAGCUAAUUAAUGAAGAUUUUAAAGAAAUGGGCCUGCCGCAGCUGGACGAGGACAUCAUGGAGCGAGCGAUGGAGGAGUUUGAACAGAAGUGCUAUGACAACAUGAACCAUGCCAUUGAGACGGUGGAAGGUCUAGGCAUAGAGUACGACGAGGAUGUUGUGUGCGAUGUCUGCCAAUCUCCUGACGGAGAAGACGGCAAUGAAAUGGUCUUCUGUGACAAGUGCAACAUCUGUGUACAUCAGGCUUGUUAUGGCAUCCUGAAAGUGCCAGAAGGAAGUUGGCUAUGCCGGACGUGUGCCAUGGGGGCACAGCCAAAGUGCUUAUUGUGUCCGAAGAAAGGAGGCGCCAUGAAGCCCACACGUAGCGGAACUAAAUGGGUCCAUGUCAGCUGUGCUCUGUGGAUUCCUGAGGUGAGCAUCGGGAGCCCAGAAAAGAUGGAGCCUAUCACCAAGUUGUCUCAUAUACCCAGCAGUCGGUGGGCACUGGUGUGCAGCAUGUGCAAUGAGAAGGUCGGGGCCUCCAUACAGUGUUCCGUUAAAAACUGUCGCACAGCCUUUCAUGUGACGUGCGCCUUUGAUCAUGGUCUGGAGAUGAAGACCAUACUAACAGAAGAAGAUGAAGUAAAAUUCAAGUCUUACUGCCCAAAGCACAGUACAGGCAAAAAAUCAGAAGAUGAUCACAUUAGCGAGAGCACCAGUGAAUUGAGCGGGACAGCCGAAGCUUCUCCUGCCUGCUUGGAUAAUUUACAGGGCCUAGGUGCCUCCCAACAGGAGGCCAAGCAUGGGAGCCAGCGUAAGCUGAAACUCCAGCAGCUUGAGGAUGACUUCUAUACAUUUGUCAAUGUACAGGAUGUGAGUCAGGCCCUGCAUAUUACAGACGAUGUCACAGAGUUCAUCUACCAGUACUGGAAGCUUAAAAGGAAAGCCAACUUCAACAAACCGCUCAUAACGCCCAAGAAGGAUGAAGAAGAUAACUUGGCAAAGAGAGAACAAGACUUUCUCAUACGUCGGCUGCAGCUAUUCACUCACCUGAGGCAGGAUCUGGAAAGGGUACGCAAUCUUACUUACAUGGUGACCAGAAGGGAAAAGAUGAAGCGCUCUGUUUGCAAAGUUCAGGAGCAAAUAUUUAAUCUUUACACAAAACUCAUGGAUCAGGACAGAGGAAGUGGCGGUGCCUUUUCGGAUACCGUGCUACUCUUUAAUACCCAUCCAUCUGACCCGGAUGCUCCAAAAAUUGAGGAUUUGAAGUGGCACUCUGCUUUCUUUAGGAAACAGCUGGGCUCAUCUUUGGGACACUCCAUGAAAAUGUCCCACAAAAAGAGCAGAGACAGAGAGAGAUCACUAAGCACCAUGAAACCACUGCUGUCUCGGUCCAGCUUCUCCGAUAAAAGGAGGGAAACGGCAUCUGCUGAUUCUACUAUUACCAAGAUGCCACCAGCUCAGCAGAAGAAUGGGACCAGCUUGCCAGAGCACAGGAAAAGACGGGACAGCCGUUCUCAUUGUGACAUUGUAAAAGCAGAGCUCAAAGAGAAGCCUCACAAACAGCACCAUAAAACUCUUCGGCCCACAGAGCUGACCGAAAAGCAGUUUGAAAACAAGAGGACCCCAAGCCAAUGUGGUGGUAAAACAACUGCUGUAGCCACAAAGAAGCCCACUGCUGGAAACCGCUUGCCUAGGUUCAGUGGCUCCCUAAUCAAAAUCCAUUGCAACCAGACUUCCGUAAAAGUGCCUACAAGCCCUGUGAAAAACUGGGGGGGAUUCCGAAUUCCAAAGAAAGGAGAGAGACAGCAGCAAAAAGCGGAAACCUGUCAGCCGGACACAAACUGCCAGUACUUAGGACUGGUGUCGCCAAACGAUAGGACAAAAGACAAACUGAAGCUAGUCAGUGACAAUGAUGGCUACAUCCCUGAUGCAGAAAUGAGCGACUCUGAAACAGAAUCAACAGAGAAAUGUCCGCUACAAAGGCUCUCAUCCAGCAGCAACAUGAGUAGAGGGUAUGAGACAGACAUUAUUAGGAGAAGCAUAUUAGCGUCUUGACUGGACAAGACUGUUGAGCUCAGACUGAAUACAGUUGGAUACAAUUGUUUGCAGGACGCAAGGAAGGCUUCUUUAUAACAUUUGUAAAUUGACAAGUCAAUAGCCAGCUCUUCAUUUACUUGCUCCAGUGUGUUUACUUGCACUUGAAAAUCCAGGACUUUCUUCCCACCAAGAAUAUUUUCUUCCUCAUUUAGCUGAAAACGCAAUGUCCUGUAUCUGUUAAAGUGGGGCACUAAGUGUAUCCAACCGGCAGGUUUACAAGUUGAGGGUAGGCUGCACUGGAAGUGCUUUCUUUAGUUCAUUGUAAGCACAAUGAAGAGCUUUUGGAGUGAUACACAAAGUCUGGUCUCUGGGUACUCCAACUUACUCUUCUGGCCCGUUACAUUUCCUUGCACUUGGUCUGGAAUCCAGGCAUGGUCUUAAGUAACUUUUUUACGUUUGCCUGUUAAGAUGUUAUGUUAGCACAAUGGCUAUUCAUGUGGGGUAGAUAUUAGCAAUAUAAUGAAAUGUAUAGGAGAGAAGAACCACCCUGUGGGUGUGUGAUACAUUUUGCACUUGUUUGGGGAACUGGAAUUAAAGGGAGCACACCUUCCUCAAAAUAAAGCUCUACACUGUACACCUAUACUAAUGAGCUGUCUAUACUUUCCCCAUCCUAGCCCUGGUGUAGCAAAAGACAACCAGGCACGUUGGGGAUUGGUAUGCCACCAGUUAUUUGUAAAAGAUGAAUUCUUUGGCUUGAUGUAUUUAUGCCAUGCCUGGUUGGAAAAGCACAACCAGAACAUCUCGGUACGGGCACACAACACUGUGGCCUGGUAUAUUGGAAGCUUGCUUGACAUACAGUGGGCACUAUUUUCUGAAGAGCCCAAUAAGUGUUGGAUCCUAACACUAAAGCUGAAGUAUGACUGACAUGAGUCUCUGGGUCUGUAAAGCUUCACUUUGUAGUAAAGCUUACAGGAUGGUGACCAGGGUUGUACCUAAUGCAAAUAUGUGUACACAAUACUGACAACCAUGCUCUUGUGUAUUGGUGAACAUGUGUCUCUACAGAUAUAACAUACAUUCCAAUCUCACUUUUGUUUGUAGCCUAUGUAGUAAUAAUGGAUCACCUUUCAAAAUCCCAAGGGUAGCAGAGCCAAUCCCAAGGGUAGCAGAGCACUAGUAAGGAAAUGGGGAUCAGAUGAUCCCUCUUGUUUCCUAUGCACCUGUAGUGGCCACAUUUUUAUAAAAGGAAAUUCUACAAAAGGUUGGCCUAACUUGAGCAGAUGGUCCGAAAAGUAUGUAGACUGCAUAUUGCUAUUCCUCCCAAAAGAAAACCAAAUAAACCACCCCGACGUGUGCAAUUCAGCUUGGAGUAAUAACCUGUGCAGUGCUUGAAGUUAGAAACUUAUGUUUAUCUGCUCUAAAGCAUGGGAGGAAUCUUUAGAUAUGAGGGUAUAAACAAUGGUGACCUACCUUUUCCUUGAGUCACAGUUGUUUGGUACUUUGAAUCUAGGCUCACACAAUAGAAAGCUAUUGUACUGUGUUGAGAAGCAUUACGAAUAAGUGAUGUGACUUAGCCAGGUUAUGGCUGGGCCUUCACAUAUUUGGUCUUCCAAGCCAACUCUUCCCAUAAUAGUAGAUAGGAUCACACUCCUGGAAACAUCAGAUGCCAGGUAUGCUGUGUAGCUGGUCAGACACAUGAAGGGCACCAUUAGGGCACAUCCAAAUGAUGAAGAAUGUAGCAAAAAGAGAAUGUCUGUCUUAUGCUCCUUUCAGUGCUUUAUACUGUAUAUGAUUGGUGCCUGUGUGGGCGGCACAUCACAUAAAGAUCUCUUAAUACCCAUUCUGCUCUAUUUCACUGUCUGGCUUCUCAUAUGUAAUACAACAAGAUCAUUUCCUCACCCAGACAAAACAUAGGGCUCUGCAAUCUCCGAUAAGCAGGCCGAAACACAAGGUGACCUCUUCCUUUAAUUCUAAAAUACUCUAAUAGCCCAAUCUUUAUUUGAUGAAGAUUGAACGUAAUGCACGGAAUGCUUUGUUUUAGGUUGUAUUUCUUCUUGUUUUACACAACCGGUCAGUUGUCUGUCAGCCCUGAUCACGACAAUCUCUGAACUCCAUUCAGCUUUGUGAUGCUGCAUAGUUUCUCUAUAUGACUGGGGACAUUAGGGAACACUGUUGUACAGGUAUCUUUGCAGAAAAUGGACUGCUACCCAGCUUCUCUACCUUAUUUUCUGCAUAGAAGUUUUAAUAACUGUCCCUCACUCUAUGUACUUUGUUUUAGGAGUUUGGAUGAGUAAGUGCAUUUCUGUAGUAAAUGAUUUGCACUAGUAAAAUGGAAAAUGUCUGUCUCUUUUUUCCAAAGCCAUUUCUGGAACUUGUCAGAUGUGCAGUCUGUCUUGACACUGACUUACUCUGGUAAUUUGCACUAUGUCUUCUCUGUUUAUAUUCCAAUAUCCAGCUCAAGAUAAUUUCAGCGUUCUCAUAUUCUAUGAUGUGUACAUAAUACAGGAGGCUACAUAUGAACACUAUGCAGUGACUUUGGCGUGUUUGCUUUCUGCUAAAGCUCUAACACCCUUGCUCUACCACUAGUUUUCCUCCCUUAGUGCUUCCAGCUUAGGACCGGUCAGCAGUUUACAAGUCACUGGAACACAUUUAUACAGAAUAAAACAGGAUAAAGAUUAGUGUUGGAAAAUGUUGGUUACAUAAGAGCACUCCACUGGCCCAUGUCUAUAAAUGGGCUGCUUUAGAGUUAUAGUGUGCAGUUCUCGUCUUACAGAAGUGAUUUACAACUACCUUGAACUAUGUUUUAUGAAUGUGUGUCGGUAACUGUCAGGCUAAUAACACAGACUGCAGACGGACUUCUGGUGUGGCCACUGAUUAUAGGGGUGUCUUGUCCUCUUCCAGCAAUGUUAGAACGGACAUGCAAAUUGUAUUGUCUUUUAUUAGCUAGCUGGUGGAUAUACAUGUAAAACUACACUGUAACGCUUCUAUCUCUAAAGAGGAUGAGGGUCAGUUAAGUAGUGACCAUUAUUUGUUUACGGAUGGCCACCUAAUAAACUUGCACCUAAAACAAUGUGACUGCUUUGAAAUCUAAACUUGCUAUAUACCAGAUAUUGUUUGUCUAUGACUGUCCUUUGCAAAAAGGAUUCAUUAAAUUAUAAUUUCAUUUUUGUUUUGUUUUUAGACUAGAAAUAAUCCAAGAUUUAAUUAAUUUUUUUAAAGGAAAAUGUAACCUUUGAAAUGCAUUUCUUCUGUAGGACAUACUUGUCUGGCCUGGUUUCAGUAUAUACAAGUACAAGGUGCCACCCAAAACCAGCAGGGAGGUACCUGUGACGCGCAGAGUUUCCAUUGGCUGGUCUGUGAGAAUUCGUGUAUAUAGAUUGAAAGACAGUAGAACCAAUAUAAAGGGACAUUGUCGCAAUCUGUGCUGCAUGUCACAAUCUUGGCACUAUGGCUAGUGAAGCAUUUCUGGACACUGCACUUUUCAUGAAUUAUAAUUUUUUGUAAAUAUUCCACAUAAGUUCUAUAGAUCAUCCUAGUGCAAGGCUUAAAGUUGUUGUAACUUUUACCAGUAAUCAUUCUCUCAGUGUGACUAGCAAUUUGUAGCACAACAUGUGGCACUAUAGGUGCCCAUAACAACUUCUAACACACUUAGAUGUUGGAGGGAAUUAAAUGCUACUUCAGCUAUACUUAGUGAGCCACGGGUCACCAAGGCUUGCCGUAUGUUAUUUGAAGUAUGAUGAAUCCUACUAGUUUGUUUUAGACUGCAUAUUUACCAUCAACACUUUGUGAUUUGAGGCUUUUGUGGCAAAGGUUGAUGGUAGUUGGAACUUUGCCAUUAAGCAUUUGUCAGUUUAAAAAGUGCUGCAUUAAGUUAAGGGCUGCUAUGUAGCAGACCUACAUGCUACUUUAUAGUAUUACAAUGUAACGGUAGACUGAGCAGGACCAGUCUAUGGGCAAACCAUAUGCCACUGUUACAGAUGUCUUUUCUAGAACUCCAAUGUAGUGGCAACAAUAUGAGGUCAGUCAUGAAUUGUAUGUUUAAAGGCAGGUGUUUGCUUUUCAACUAAUAGAACUGUGGGGUUCUACUCACAUUGUUUGAAGAUACAGACCUGAAAUGUUAGAGUUCUCGAUGGUGAAGUCUCAAGUGGCUGUGUUUAUUAAACCAAUUCAUCAACUGGAUACGUGCUAAGGUCUAGCUGGUGCACCCACCUAGCAAUUUUGACUUUCCCAUACCUGGGAAAAUCAGAUUUUGCAGGUGUGAAUUUCAAAAAUGAAGACGGUUCUAGGAGCGGCACCCCACAGUUUAACUAGGAGGAGGUGGUGCCUUGUGACACGUGUCCUUUAAUUAUUUUCUGCAUGGGUAUCGUAAGCCACCACAUUAUUGGUACCCGCUACAAUGCAAAGUCAAAAUUAAUUUACUUUGUUAUACUGACAUGUAUUCCAAUACCAUUUCAUUAAAAUAAUAAUUUUUGUCAUUAGCUACAUAGUUUUAAAAGGUAAAUUACUAAAUAUACAGGUUUAUAUCUGUAAUUGUAUCUUCCCUUUAAAAAGUGAUGUAACGUUGUCUUGUUACUAACCUAGCCUCUGACAGAAUGUGUGCAAUUUGUUUUUCCUGUGAGAUACAAGAAUUCUGGCCAUUUCCUGGACUCAUUAAUGCUACUAUUCUUGCUUUCCCUGCUUCUCUUCACUUUUAUUUAAGUAUUUAUAAGCUAGUUAAAGCCAGCUUUAUUUUUUCAGCGCAGAUAAUAUGUAGACUUGUGCCUUUUUGUCUGUAUGUGAAUAAAUGCUGUACAUUUUGCAAAACGAUUUCAA